AAAUGCUCUUGGUUUCGAUGCGCUGUCCACCUAACGCACACGUUCUGGAGUUUUAUACACUUGCGUCACGGUGAAAUACAUCUUUGAUAUUUUCUGUGUGGAGAUUAUGUUUAAGCUACCAGUCUAGGACUAUGCUUUCUCCUGGGAGGAGCAGACUGCUAGUGUUCCUCUUCUACUCCCAGCUCGAUGUUGCAGAAGCUCUAUUCCAGGCAAGAACAGCAGAUCUGGACCUCCCUUCCUCCACUCAGUCCCCACGUGUGAGGCAGAAGCUCGGUCCCGUGCAUGACUGACCAAAGAUACUGGAUCCCAAUUGCCGUUCCCCAGCUUGCUCAGAGUUGAGGUUCCAUACAAAGAAAGUGGGAUGAGGUCAACACUUUUAAGGAGAGGAGGCAGGAUGGAGAGUCUAUAUAAAGUGUUGUGUCUGACUGCCCCUAAGGACAGGAGCUAACUGAAGACAGGACCUGCAGAGCCCAGCCACCAGUAUGCCUGCGUGGUGGCUGCUCCUGGGCCUCGUAGCCCUCACUGGUGAGUGUUUCAUUUUUUCCAAAUGACCUUGGAGAUGGAGAGGAUAAGCACAGGGACCUAAUGGUCCUUCUGGUGCUUGGAACGGCAGCAGAAGGUGAUGUUUUCCUCCGAAGGGGUCCAGCAAGUCCUGGAGUUGGUGACAGCCACGACAAGUAACGUUUUCCCCAUUGCCCCACAAAACGGGGAGGGGGGCACUCCUCCAGAAUGUAAGGGCCUUAAAAAGCCUGCUUGAGGCUCAACUCUAAGAAUACUCUAAGAAUACAAUGACAAUUGCUCAUUGUUCCGCCAUAAAAACCCUUUCACCAAAAGUACUUUCUGCUGCCUUAUUUAUUGAAAGUAUUUGUCCACCAUAUAUUUCCACAGAAGAUACAGAGAUGGUUUAUCAUAAUCAGACUAAUGUAACCAAGACAGAGACCUAAUAUCGAAGGAAUCGAGGAGCUGUGAGUAAGCAAACCAUUGAGGCUGACAUAGUGGCUGUGAUCAAACUUUAGAUUUGGAUGUAAGCCUCCUUGAAGCUGGGACAGAAGGGAAACUAUGUGUCUCGUGAGAAAUAAAAAGAGGGAGUUUUGUUUCUCAAGAGAGGGAAAAUUUUUCCUGGCUCUAAAUUCUAAAAAUUUCUUAGAUAGGAUCUUUUAUUCAUUCGUUUAUUGCCCCAUUUAUACAACAAAUACAGCGAAACCUGUGAGAGUCGGAACUCGGCGCGACUGCCUUGUUUUUCUGGGUCUCACAAGUUUUCCGCCUUUGACAGGGUCAGUCUUACCACUUUUCUAUCACUUGUUUCAGUGGAAAAUAAAUUUGAGUUUUCCUUCUCUGACAGAUUUCCACCUCACACAGGUUCUGGCUUCUCCAGGUUUUACUGUGUUUUAAAAUUCCCAUGAGGUACUAAGUAAGCAUUGGGAAUAGAAGGAAUUUCAUGGAGCAUAGAACGUGGUUAGGGAACAGUGCCCGAGGUAGGCAAUGAGUAACACAACCAACUACCACAGAAAGAAUAUUUAUCACAAAAAUAAAUAACAAGAUAAAUAGGUACCCAUUAAAAAAUAGAAAAGAAUGUGUUGGCUUGUUUAAUUUUUAGUAUGCUUAUAAAAGACCAGGUAUUUUCACUUCUACAUUUCUCUCAGAUUUCUCAUCAAAAGUUUGUAAAGUAGAAGUAUUUACUCCAAAAUAAUAGUCUUUUCAGAUGUCAACUCGAUGAAUCGUUUGGUGAGAAAAUGGAACUUUUCACCUUAAAAUGCGUUUAUGUAAGCAUGCAGUCAUUUUAUGAGGAGAUGGGCAGUAAGUUAUUUUCCAAAGAUUUGCAAAAUCACGAAGAUUUGUUAUCAUUUACUGAAGUCAAAAAAUAAAAUAAAUAAAAAAGAGUAAUCUACUGAAAAAUUCUUAGGAGUUUAUAGUGGUGAGAUGAUUUCCUGACAUCAUAGGUGCUUGUUACCUGCUCACAUACUGUCUUCACUGUUGUAAGUACUAGGGAGGGCCCUUCUUGAACUUCAGUGGCCUUGUGGAAUCCCACAGCAUGUCCCACCACUUCCCCUCUUCUGGGACAACAGGAACUUCAGUGGUAGGUAGAGAGAGAUGGAAGGGGCAGAGAGAAAGGGAAGACGAGGAAACAGCGACCCCCACGUAGGUCCUGUGCCCCACCUGUGCCUCACCUGUGCCCCACCUGUGCCUCACCUGUGCCCCACCUGUGUAAGGAAACGCUCCCAUGUCUCACCCCCUUGCAGCCUUUGGCACCCACCUAGACUGAACCGCAAAGAAGGUGGAGCCAGUCCCAGGUACCAGCUUACGAGCAGUGCCUUCACUCUGGGUUUGGGUGAUUAUUCCAGAAAGGACUCGGCUUUAUCCGUUUUUCUCCAGAGCAAACACUUAACUGAAAGCAGCAAUUGGGGAUGCUAUGGAAACAUCCGGACCCUUGAAACCCCUGGGGUGUCUUGCAGUGUUGGAAGAGGACAAGGCCUUAACUACUGCGGAGUCCGUGCUUCUGAAAAGCUGGCUGAAAUAGACAUGCCACAGCUAGUGAAAUACCAGCCCGCGAUGCGAGUUGCUGGCCGGAAGUACUGCGUCGACCCUGCGCUCAUAGCGGCCAUCUUGUGCAGGCAGGCUCGCAGAGGCAACGUUCUGGUCGACGUGGGGAACGUGGACGAUGGGGUCGGGGUGGUGCAGUACCCUGGUCUUCAUGCUCCCACGUCUGGGAUCAGCGAGUCCCAGGUUGCCCGGAUGACUGAGGUCCUGAUUGUUAAAAUCAAAGAGAUCCAGAGGAGGUUUCCAAGCUGGACCCCGGACCAGCAUCUGAGAGGUGAACUCUGUUCCUACGAUGGAGGUGUUGGCUAUGUCAGAAGUAGCCAGGACCUGAGCUGCGACUUCUGCAAUGAUGUCCUUGCACGAGCGAAAUACUACAAGAGACGUGGCUUCUAACGCUUCAGGUCAAAUCCAAGACCAUUACCAUACAGGAGGCCUUGGCUGCUAAACAAAUAAAACUAGCCAACGGGGGCUGUAACUGCAAACCUAAGUUUGACCUGAAGGUCCUCAAACUAAUGUGAAUCAUAAUAAAAGAUGAAUUAUAACCUGAGUUUUGUGGUCUGGUGUGUGUGUGGUUGUGUGUGUGUGAAAGAGACUUAAGAGCUCCUUCCCUUUAAAGGUACCUCCAUGGAGAUUACCUGCAGUGUGGAUUUCUGUAAAAUGAAUCCUGUAACUCAUUGACUAGCCUCACCAGAUUUAGCAAAUACAAAUCAAGGAAGCCCAGUCAAGUUUGAAUUUCAGAUAAACCAUGAAUAAUUUUUUAGUAUCCGUCCUAUGCAAUAUGUGGGACAUGUUGCAUUGUUGUUAGGUGCAGUCAAGUCAGUUCUGACUCACAGCGACCCUGUGUACAACAGAAGGAAACACCACCCAGUCCUGCACCAUCCUCACAAUCCUCGCUAUGUUUGAGCCCAUUGGUGUAGCUACUGUGGCAAUCCAUCUCCCAAAACAGAUUUGCUCAUUCUUCUGGCAGUCCAUGGUAUAUUCAAUAUUCUUCGCCAACACCAUAAUCAGAGGCAUCAGUUCUUCUCUAGUGGAGGCCCAGAAGGUUAAGUUAGUUGCUCAAGGCCAACUGGCCAGUUAAGGGCAGAGCAGGGGUCCAAAUUGAGGCCCCAGACUUAAGCACUACAUAGGACUUCAGAGGAGCCUAUGGCUGACAUGAUCUGGUAUAGUGCAACUUGAAAUCCCCCAAAGUAUUUCCUCCAUAGAUAGGAAAA